GUCUAGGGGACGGAGGAAGGCAAGUUGUCACAAAGGAGGAGCGAAGAAGAAUUGAAGCCAACGAAGAAGAAAUCCAAGCCGGAAGUUGGCUUGUUCUUUCCAAUUGUCUAUUUUUUUCUUCAAUCUUUUACUCGGAGCGCUCCAAAUGGCUGAAGUGGAAGAGACGCUGAAGAGAAUUUUGGGCCAAAAAGGAGUCCAAGGCCUCAUCAUCGUCAACUCUGAUGGAAUCCCGAUCCGCUCGACUCUGGAUAACACCAGCACGGUGCACUACGCCGGUCUGAUCCACCAGCUAGUGAUGAAGGCACGCAGCACCAUACGCGACAUCGACCCCCUCAAUGACCUGACCUUCCUGCGGCUGCGCUCCAAGAAGAACGAGAUCAUGAUCGCACCAGAUAAGGACUACUUCAUGAUCGUCAUUCAGAAUCCGUCAGACUAAAGACCCAUACGUGGGCAUGUGCUCGAGCGUCACCACUUCUUUUGCUCAUUCCUCCUGUUUUGUGUUGUCAACAAUGCCACGCAUUGCUAAAUUAUUGUCAAAUCUUUCCAAUAAAUGUCAUUAUUGUUAAAUGA